GGAAGCUAUUAAAAUGCGGCUGUUCCAGCAAGGUACGCACUCUGCCCGCUGACUGAUCUGUCUGUGCAAGUCAGGGUAUAUCAGGAGGGAGUGAGGUACACGGGCAGUGCUAAACCACACAACCUGAUUCUGGAUUGAAGCGACGGAGCAACUUUGUUGUGUGUUUGUGCGCGCGUAUGUAUGUGUGUGUGUGAGGGUGAGAAGCGGAGCUUGAAGUACCCGGUCCGCCGACACUUUCAGGUGAUCCCAACUGAAUCAAUAUGAAGACUUCUCUAUUGUCUCUCGCAGUGCUCUUCCAUCUAAUUCAUUAUUGCCAGGGAGGCUGUAAGACUGAGUGCCUUACCUGUAACAACCUCUAUCAGCAAGAACAGUUCAGUAUGUUGGUCUGCAAUCUUGAGUGUGAAGGGAAAGUUCCAUCUUCUGUCAUGUGGAAAAACUGCAGAAAAAUCAUCUCUCUGUCUCCAUUGUUACCUCUGAAACUGAGCACAUCUCAAGCUGGCAGUCUGCCUUUUAGCAUUGCUGGUGUCUUUGGGACACUUGGCUUGGGAAGUACUCACAAGUUUCUCCGAGCUGUGGAGAAUAUAUCUCCCAUUGGCAGCAGAGAAGACAUCUAUGAAGAUAAAGCUGAGGCCACAUUUGAGGUGAACAACAGCCCACAAGAUACAGUAAUGGCUUCAGACAAGAAGUCUUAUGACUUCCAAGCAGAGUCACUGGCUUCCAAGCCAAAUGAAAGGGCUAUGAAGAGGAAUCAUGAUAUCAGCAAUUCUGUAGAAGGCGAGAAAAUUUUCCAGAAGAGAUAUGGUAACUUCAUGGGCGUCAGGAAAUCAGCCAAGAAAUGGAGCAAACUGAUGAAACAGAAAAAUCAGAAAAGAUAUAGCAAAUAUCUUAAGCAGUAUCUUAGGCUGACCUCACACUCUACUGAAGACAGAUUACCAGGCAACUUGGCUGCAUAAAUGUAAGAUUGUGAGAUUUGGUUUAGCUAAUGCCUAGGUUAGUUUACAGGGGAGUCAGCCUUAACUCCAGCCAAUGUUAUUUUCAUUGAUGCAUUUGAUACUGACUAAUUUAAUCUGGGAGUAAAAGGAUCGUCACAACUACCACUCAAUAUCAAUUUUCGAAGUCUCCUUUGCUUCUAGAGGAAAAUUAAGAUGAUAGAGUUCAUACCAUUAGCUGUUCAUUUAAAGAACCAUCACAAUCUGAUAAGAUUUUGAGCAGGACAUUGACCAGGAUUUGUGAGGAAAGUGCAUGAAGUGAAAUGGUGGCAAACUCAAGGACAUAAACUCAUCAUUGAUCAGAUCUACCUAUAAAAGUUGAUCCUUUGAACGUUACAAGCUGCUGCUCUGGAAACACAACAGUUGUUUAACUAGACACAUACUCAAUGAAUCUUCACAGAAUCACACACUGAAAUAACACAGAAGGUGUGUUAGUUCUUUGAUUGAGGUAUUUAAUAGUAUCCUUUUAAUAUAAAACUGAGCAAAAAUUUUACUAUUUAAAAAUUUUUAUCAAAUUGUAAGACCGUAAGA